AGUACAAGCCCAUGUGAUCAGUGCAAAGUGCGAAUUCACUGUGUACAAACAUGAUAACCUAGCUCCUGAAUUAACUGCGAGGCCUGGCCGGCCUGGCCUGAUCAUUUGACUAAAAACUCUGCUCUUGUGACAGUCAUGACAUGAGUCUUGUGUUGUAAUGUUAACUAUCGUGCUUCCAUGGUAAAGAUGAUGGAUGGAGCUAGUGAAACCACGCCACUGCAUUCUGAGAGUCGUGACGAAGCUCGGAACAAGGUUAAUCCAGGUGGUACCUUCAAAACCACCUUUGGUACCGUGCUAACAUGUAUUGGGUGUAUGGUAGGAACUGGCAAUAUUUGGCGCUUCCCGAGGAUCCUAGCAAACAACAGCGGCGAUGAAGGUUGUCUGCAGUUUCUGCUGGUUUGGUUAUUGUUCCUGUUUUUCUGGUCCAUACCAAUAAUCUUGAUCGAGUAUGGUACAGGACGCUACACCAAGAAGGCCACCAUAGCCUCAUUUCAGGAGUUAGCAGGGCCUAAAAGUGCCUGGGCAGGAGGCUGGAUCGGAGUCAUCAGCGUAGGAAUAAGUGGGUACUACUCUGUGAUAGUGGGCUGGUGCAUCUAUUAUCUCUUCUAUUACAUAGGCCAUGCUCUUCCAGAAGACUAUGCUGCAAGUAGCUCAACCUUUCAAAGCUUUGCAAAUGAAUCCGCCAUGCCAGUACUGUUUCAUACCAUUGCCAUCGUGUUAGCAGCACUUACCGUCCUGUGGGGGGUCAAAAGCAUUGAGGUGGUCAGUUCAAUCAUCGUAUCCAUCUUCCUCCUCCUCCUCCUCAUCUGCUUCAUCUGGAGUUUGACGUUGCCCAACGCGAGUGACGGCAUCCAAUUCUUGUUCACGCCUGAUUGGGUACAAUUCCGCAACCCUAGGAUGUGGGUGGAUGCUGUCAGCCAGAAUGCUUUCGACACAGGAGCAGGAUCUGGUCUCUUCGUCUCCUACUCUGCCUACAUGACAGCUGAAACCGGCAUAGUUAAAUAUGGCACCCUCAUUCCAAUCGGAAAUAAUAUAGUCAGUUUGUUGUGUGGUAUGUUGACAUAUGCAACUGUCUUUUCAACUCAAAGUCCUAAUCUCAACCAAACUGAAAUAGUGGACUUGCUUUCCGAGAACGGACCAGCAAAUACAGGCCUAACAUUUAUUUGGUUCCCAAUUUUCUUCAAUGAGAUGGGGAAAGGAGGGCGUUUUGUGUGCAUCAUCUUCUUCCUAGCUAUAGUGUUUGCUGGAUUAAGCUCUCUCACAGCUAACAUUGAACUCCAGGUCAAGAUUGUCGAAGAUUUCGGACUUAAUAGAAAAAUAGCAACAGUUCUCUGUGCUCUGACUAUAUUUCUACUUGGACUUGGAUCCGCUUUAGAUCUCCACUUCCUCAUUAAUCAGGACUUUGUCUGGGGUUUUGGUCUUCUCAUAGCCGGUCUCAUGUUCCUCUACCUUGUCAUAAGGGUGAGACCUUCUACUUUCCGUCGGAAGAUGUUUAAUGAGUACAGCCUCAACGACUGGCAUCUGUACGCUAUCUGGGACUGGAUCGUUAUGUUUAUUGCACCGAUCGAAGCAGUGGUGUUGAUAAUCUGGUGGGCAUACAACACUAUAUCUGAGAGUCCAGAAGACUGGUACAAGUUUCUUCCAGAGAGCUUCAUGUCAACCAUAGUACAGUGGGUAGGUGUCAUAAUCAUCCUCAUCACCAUCAACCUCCUAACUCUUCGAUACCGCGGUGCUUCACGUCCACCCAGCAAUACUCCAGGUACCCAUCUCUUUUUCAAUAGUGAUCCCAAGACACCCAUUACAACCAUUAGCUACAAUGCUAUGUCAAGCACUGGCGAAGACACGCAUGAUGGAAACUACAGAGGCUCUGUGGCAUUCACCAGCGAUAACGACAUCGGAACGGCGGUGCUAAGCCACAACAAUGAGACGGACGAUGAAACAGCUUUAUUAGGCAAAGGGGAACUUAAGUAAAGCCGCUGGUUUUGUGCAGGGCUGAAGUUAUCACCUAACAUUUGUUUUGGUAUUGGCUUCCUCUUCAGAAUAUUUUCAUACUUAUUAUGUAUGUUCACAAGCCAAGUACUUCCGGCUUUGUUUACCUAGUCAUUGAAAUGUUAACUCUCUGCUUGCCUCAAACAGUUAUUUGUUUAUAUCAUUUCUUUCAUUAUCCUACCGGUAUGUGGAUUUUCUUUUAUUUGACAUACAUGUUGAAGAUUGGUUAUUCAAAGAAUCUAAUCAUCACUUGUCUUUUUGCAGUCUAUAUAUCUGUAAUAAACAUAACAAAAUUGUCACAUGGACAAUACAAAAUGAAAGGAGUGCAUAAUUGCUGGGGUUUUAGGCAUGGUGAAAUUUCUUGACUCUAUACAUGGUAUUUCUGCACUGGUUAUUUUGCAGGGUUAAAGAUAGUAUUACAGAUGUUCAUCUGCUUUGCUGUAUUAUAAAAAAGUUAUGAAAAGACAAUUUCUUGUCUUUAUACGAGGUAUUUCUGCAUUGGUUAUUUUGCAGGGUUAAAGAUAGUAAUACAGAUGUUUAUCUGCCCAGCCUCAUUAUAAAAAAGGUAUGAACAGACGAUUUCUUGUCUUUACUCGAGAUAUAUCUGCAUUGGUUAUUUUGCAGGGUUAAAGAUGUUUAUCUGCUUUGCCUCAUUAUAAAAAAAGAUAUGAAAAGACGAUUUCUUGUCUUUACUCAAGAUAUAUCUGCAUUGGUUAUUUUGCAGGGUUAAAGAUGUUUAUCUGCUUUGCCUCAUUAUAAAAAAAGGUAUGAAAAGACGAUUUCUUGUCUUUACUCAAGAUAUAUCUGCAUUGGUUAUUUUGCAGGGUUAAAGAUGUUUAUCUGCUUUGCCUCAUUAUAAAAAAAGGUAUGAAAAGACGAUUUCUUGUCUUUACUCAAGAUAUAUCUGCAUUGGGUAUUUUGCAGGGUUAAAGAUGUUUAUCUGCUUUGCCUCAUUAUAAAAAAGGUAUGAAAAGACGAUUUCUUGUCUUUACUCAAGAUAUAUCUGCAUUGGUUAUUUUGCAGGGUUAAAGAUGUUUAUCUGCUUUGCCUCAUUAUAAAAAAGGUAUGAAAAGACGAUUUCUUGUCUUUACUCAAGAUAUAUCUGCAUUGGUUAUUUUGCAGGGUUAAAGAUGUUUAUCUGCUUUGCCUCAUUAUAAAAAAGGUAUGAAAAGACGAUUUCUUGUCUUUACUCAAGAUAUAUCUGCAUUGGUUAUUUUGCAGGGUUAAAGAUGUUUAUCUGCUUUGCCUCAUUUUAAAAAUGGUAUGAAAAGACGAUUUCUUGUCUUUACUCAAGAUAUAUCUGCAUUGGUUAUUUUGCAGGGUUAAAGAUGUUUAUCUGCUUUGCCUCAUUAUAAAAAAGGUAUGAAAAGACGAUUUCUUGUCUUUACUCAAGAUAUAUCUGCAUUGGUUAUUUUGCAGGGUUAAAGACAGUAUUACACUACAGAUGUUUUUCUGCUGUGCUUUAUUAUAACGAAGGUAUAAAAAGACAAAUUCUUGUCUUUAUACAAGGUGUUUCUGCAUUGGUUAUUUUUACCGGGCAAAGUUCUUGACUUGCUUCUCCUGUUUAUUGGUAUUUUAUACAUGGCAAUGUUUAAUUAAGGCUUCUAACAUCUUAAUUAGAUUGUACAUAUUGGGUCUUAAAAACCCUUUCUCUAUUUUUCACUCUACUUUUGGCUUCUCCUGUCAUUCAUAAUACUUUUUGUACAUGCAAUGGAUCAAUGUUCACAGACUCAUACUAGUCAGGGACAAUUUGUCGCUCAGAGUUUCUACCAAAUUUUCUACUUCCGGUAUUCAAUUCUCUCUGUCAGAACUGGAUAUUUCAAAUCCUCUACUGCCUUCAACAGUAAAGUGUGAAAGAGUUUUAUCAGAAUCGUUGUAAUAAUGGUUAAAAAGUUCUUGUAUCGCAUUCAAAAGUGAAAAUUACCUGCAACAGUUUCAAUGUCUAGAGCUAAGACAUCUCCCUCAGACGCCUGCUAAUUUGUGUCUGAGGAAGAUGUCUGAUCCUUUUGGAUGUGAUACAAAAGCUUUCAAACCUUAAACAGUAAUUUUUGACCAAAGAGAUGUCUGUUCUUCCAAACAAAAUACUGAAGUGUCUUAAUGAAUUAGUGUUGUACAGGGUUUUGAAAAAGCCUGAUAAAAGUAGUUUUAGUAGACUUCUUUGGGUAAUUACAAAAUGAAACUGCCUCAAGGUGCACAAUGUUAUGUACUGCGCCAUCUGUUCUUUAUUUGUAUUUGUAUAUAAUGCUGCUUUUAAAUGUCUUUAUUUGUGGUGUGCAAUCUACUAUCAAAAAAGGUACCGGUAUAAACAAUUGAUGUCAAAAUGAAGGUAUUUGGCACUUUUGACCUAUAACAAACUCAAUAAGUUACAACUCGUCUCAAAUUAUUCAAAGGUGAUUACUCUUAGUACCAAAUGGUGAUGUGGAAUAUGACAGGUUUAAUGCACAGUAGUACUAUUGUAUGAAUUGUAUUCUUAAUGGAAGUCAAUGUGGGCAGGGUAUGCACAUUAAUAUGAUAAUAAUAAUAAUAAAGAUGGUGCUUAUAAAG